ACUGUGUAACUCACUACGUUAACAAGACCACCGACUGACUGUCCUUUGGCUGUUAUUGAAAACCGGUGUCGUGCAAGGGACACCGGCGAAUGCUUUAGCCUGAAAUGUGUUAGCUUGCUGUUUAUUCUGGGAACAUGGUUGUUGACCUGUUUACAUGACCAGGCUGGCGGCGGAGCCUCUAAUGACAUAUGGCGUUGUUGAUUAGUCCAGUGAGGUUAGCAGCAAGCUAGCGGGCCGUUGUCAGCCAGGACCCAGAAAAGCAGCAUCAUCAUCAAUGGUGUGUCUACAUCCCGGAGCCGUCACAUUUUCCUGUGUCCGCUCAAUGAACCAUCUCCUCAGCUCUCAUCAAAGCUGCACAUGUAUGGCGUUUGUGAAGCUUGGAGGGGAGUUUUGCCAAGCCCAGCACCUGCUGCUUAUUGUGGACAAGUGAACAAGAGACACCAGGCGCAAACACUGCCAUUCACGCUCACAGGUCCCCACUGCCAUCCUGUUGAAACCAUAUGAAGACAAACCAACCUUCAGCCUGUCACCUGUCCUGGGGAGUAGAGGGAGCCAUUGGCUUUAUCCAAGCUUCCUCACAGCUUUUCUCCUUUCCUGCUGUGUCUUUCUUCUUCUACUCUGAUUCAAACAAGUCUUCUCUGAAUGGGCUAACAGAUUUGAAAGAAAGGAAGGACAGAUCUUUGUAUCGUCUUCAUUUUUUUUCCUCUGGACCCCGAGUGUCUUCCCUGCCAGUCUUUUUGACCCCACUCUGCUAGAUCGAAAUUUUAGUUUUUAACCAAGCCAAGUUUAGUUUUUCCUUCGUUGCCAAGAAAGGUUUUGAUUCCCUCCGGCCCCCUAUUUUUUUCACCAAGAAAUUUGUCUUGUCUUUUUAGUUUUUUAUUCAGACUACGUUUUGUCACCAAAGGAAUAGGAUAUUUAUGUUUUAUUCCCAUAAAUCAUCAGUUUUAUUUUUAAACAAUUGGGAAACUUUCACUUUGGUUCCUGUCUGUUACUCCUUUUUUUGAAACACAGUGCUCUUCUGAUCUUUUUUUCUUCUAUUAACAAACCUUUGUGGGUCUAAAAAUGAACCGACCGGCUCCAGUGGAGAUCUCUUAUGACUGUCUGAGAUUCCUCAUUACGCAUAACCCCACCAAUGCACAACUGGGAAGGUUUAUAGAGGAUCUGAAGGCAUUUGGAGUAAACACCUUGGUGAGAGUGUGUACUGCUACAUAUGACAAAACACCAGUGGAACAAGAAGGCAUACACGUGCUGGAUUGGCCAUUUGACGAUGGUUCUGCCCCCCCAGACCAGGUGGUUGAUGAUUGGCUGAGUCUCCUGCAGACAAAGUUUAGAGAGGAGCCUGGCAGCUGUGUGGCUGUGCACUGUGUUGCUGGACUAGGACGAGCUCCGGUGUUGGUGGCGCUGGCUCUAAUUGAGUGUGGGAUGGAAUAUGAAGAUGCUGUUCACUUCAUAAGACUGAAGCGCCGUGGAGCGUUCAACUCCAAGCAGCUGCUUUACCUGGAAAACUACAAACCUAAACUGUGUCUGCGCUCCAAAGAUGCAAACGGACAGAGCUGCUCCAUACAGUAGGAAUCUACAACCCCACACAUCUUCAUAGGAGACUUUCAUCUUUUGAUGUUAAUUGGAAAGUUGACAUGUUUGGGUAAAAUAUAUAUUUUUUUUGGUAUUAUUAAAACAUGAAAUUUAUUCAAAGCGCUUCAUGUAUUUCCGAAAUGUCAAGGUCCUUACGUCAAAGUUCUGGAAAUCUUCUAAAAACAUAGACAGACAACUUCUGCUUUUACAUCAAAAAUUUACCUAGAAAGUGGAGGUGUUAAAAGGUUUAAUUUCUGCUUCCUGGUCUGUAACUUGGAUAUUUAGCAAAAAUACACAAAUACUUAGCCCAUUAAAAGUAAACCCAACAGUUAAACAGAAUUCAUUUUAACUGUCAGCAUCACUGUGAAAUCAAAAGUUGAAAACAUUUAUUCCAAAGGCUACGCUUGGAAAUCCUUGUUACAAGUGCAGCAGCUACAAUAAAUGCUGUUGAUGACAAUAGACAGAUUUCAAACUUUGACAUUGGGAUCAGACAUUGAAAAUUAAGUGUCAGUAGCAAAGUAUGUUUGACAGUUGAUUAAUUUUUGCGAUGUUAAAGUGGCCUGCAGCUUGAUAUUUGUUUUCUACGCUACAACACUACAAAUGCUGAAUAAAUAGUCGGCAGUAUGUGCUUUCAAGAGGCUUGCUGGUUUAUUGCACAUCAAUCCACACAGCGGUUUAGACUGAUUUGUUAAAUCCAGUCUUUCCUCACUGGCCAAAUCAAUGUCCUGCAGCCAGAAUGUGGCGCAGAAGGUGACAUGAGGGAAAAAUAUACAGUGUUUAUGUUGAUUUGCUUAAAAAUUAGAAUUUUAAAAGAUUUUUUUAACAAAAUGUGCCCUCAGUUUGAUGCCAAUAUAACAUAUGCUGUAUUAAACAACACUACAAUCAACUUACCCACUGUAAGCUGUAGACGCACAGCCUGCUUCUCUAGAACAAACAAACUUGAGCUGGCUGUAAAUAAAUUUGACACUGUCCUUUGUAAUGUCACCGUGGCAUUACGAAGGACAACAUGUUUAAACAUCAGUGGGUGAAUGUAUUCAUAAAUCACUACUUUAUGGUUUUGAUAGAUUGUACUGUUUACAUUAGCUAAUAAGUGUAAAGAACACAAAUAAAACCCUCAAUAAAUAGUAAUUAAAAUAUUGGUACUUCAUUGGCCACACAAUGUUGAGCAACAUAGUGCAUGAUGGGUUGGCAGCAUACAGUAUGUGAUAUUAGUCUUCCAACAGUUUAGCAUAGAUUAUAUUAGGUGGUAAUUGGGUGAAUACAGUCUGGAAUGUACUGUUGAAUGAUAGUAGGCUCCAUGCAAACACAUGAGCAUGAACUAUUUAAGAUGGUAGAGAAAUGAGCCAGCAUUUAACAAAGUGAGCUUUAGUCAUACAAACGUAGUUCAUUUUGGUGCCCCAGGUGUCAUUACUGAACAGUUAAACGUACUAAUGGGACAAUCUCCCGAAUACUUCGUAUAUUCCUAUUACAACCACCAUAGAACAGGACUGUGGAGCCAACAUGGCUGCCACUGAAAACUGAGUGGCCAUAGUUCUUGUCUAUCUCCGGCUCUGUACGUAACUUAGCUGUCUGGUCAGCUGCUGUGUUUGUAAAAUGCUGUUGGUCUUUGUGAUCUUAUAAUUUUUUCUAUAGGUUUUUAUUUUCUUUCCCUGUACCUUUAUCUGUUUGUACUGGUUAUGUUUAUUUAUUCAUUCCACAGUGUUUCUUUGUGAAAUGUCUGUCUGCUUGAACAAAUCUGUUAGUCUUCUUGGAAAAAUUAAAGUGUUUAGUACCAUAACUUCUGCUUGUCGCAGAAACUAUUUUGAAAGGCAUCCUAAUUGUA